AUGAAGAGAGAUAGAGAUGAUUUUGAAGAUGAUGAGAAGCCUCAAAUUGGCUCAAGUAGUAGAACCCCCUAUACAAUUAGUCAUGACACUACCACAUCAUCAUACCCUAAUUCAACCACCAAUCAAAAUCCCUACGCUUCGAAAAACAACAACAACAACAAUAACAAAGAGCAGGACCGUUUCCUCCCCAUAGCGAACGUGGGGAGGAUCAUGAAGAAGGUGAUCCCAGGCAACGGGAAGAUCUCCAAGGACGCCAAGCAAACGGUCCAAGAGUGUGUGUCGGAAUUCAUCAGCUUCGUCACAGGAGAGGCCUCCGACAAAUGCCAACGAGAGAAGCGGAAGACGAUCAAUGGGGACGACAUCCUUUGGGCAAUCACGACCCUAGGCUUCGAAGAUUAUGUGAAUCCACUCAAGAUAUAUUUGGCAAAGUAUAGAGAUAUUGAAGGGGAGAAACUCAACGUACCAAAGCAACAGCCUAUGGAACAACAACAACAACAACAACAACAACAACAACAACAACAACGCAUGCACCACGACCAAAACUCACCGAAUAUUCCGUACAAUAGUGUGUAUUCCACCGCGAACCUCAUCACGCAGCCACCCUUCAUCUCGGGCGAUCCGCCCUUUCCCUUGCCUUUCUCUCAGAGCUCUAUUCAGACAGGUUCGUUGCCUCAGCAUGAUCAUGUCGAAGAUCAUUGGUAA